CUGAGUUAGAAAUACGAGAUUUUUUCUCAAAUUCUAGCGUCUUGAAGACGGCUAUAAAGUAUGGGAUCCCAGAAUUUGUACUAGAGUGUGUUGACAAAUUUCCAUUCCUAAUCAGGUUAUACAUUGGGGAACAAAAAAUGAUACAAAUGGCUAUUGAAGAACGAAAUAAAACUAUUCUGUAUCUCAUUUGUGAUAGAUGCCGUGAGGAUAACAAGAUCAAUUUACUUUCUUUAAGAGAUAAAGGGAAUAACACUAUCCUGCACUAUGCUGCCAAGUUAGCACCUUCUCCUCAACUUAAUUCAGUGUCUGGUGCAGCUCUUCAGAUGCAACGAGAACUCCUAUGGUAUAAGGGGGUGGAAAGUUUGGUAUUGGAGCAAAAUAAGUUUAUGAGAAACAAAGAGGGAGAGACAGCUCAAUAUAUAUUCACAAAGGAACACAAGGAACUAAUGGAAAAAGGAGAGAAAUGGAUGAAAUAUACAUCCCAAUCAUGCAUGCUAGUGGCAACCCUCAUAACUACCGUAGCAUUUGCAGCUGCAUUUACUGUACCUGGCGGAAACAUAAGUGACAAAGAUAGCAGCAACAAUGGAAUCCCAGUUUUUUUUGGACCAUAACUCUUUUGUGGUCUUUGCAGUAGCAGAUGCCUUUGCUCUAUUCUCAUCCACCACAUCAGUGCUUAUGUUCUUAGCCAUAUCUAUGGCCUUACAUAUUUCGAGAAAGAAGACACAUUACAAGGCGAAAUACCAAGAAACAUAAGAAUAACUGAAGCCGAGAAUGACCAAUGAUAUACCUGAGUCGUUAUUUGGGGAUGUACAGCUGAAGCACCCCCAGGGAUUGAAAAUGUGCUGGCUGGUGCUUCAUUCCCGGCUGGUAGCCUUUACAAGGCAUUAAGACUCGUCAUAAACUUGACCAGUGGAUACUUCCGAAGGUGCUCAAGUGCUGUCGGCAAGUUCAAGUGCAGUUGAUGUGCGACAUGGAGGUGGAGGAAACUGAUUAUUUUUUAUUUAUUUUUACUGGGAAGCUCUAGAGUCGUUUCACUUGCAAUGGAAAGUUUGUCAAUAUUUAAUCUCCGGCAAAGAAAAAAACAAAAGCUUACAAAGUUUGUCCCAGUAUUGGUAAUGUUUACUUUUUUUCCACUGUCAUCUAUCAUAAAAUCAGGAAAAGCAAUAUAACCUGUAUUACAAUUUAGUAACAUUCAAAAAGAGAUCAUAAAAAAUGAUGCACAAAAGUAUGUAUUUCAGACAGACUGAUUAUUUUUCCGUUUUCCCUUUUGGUCCUAUAGUUUCCCAAAUCUACAUCAGGAUUUGACUCAAUGGUCACAAUUACUACUUCAAAAAAAAAA